AUGUUCAAUGUGGCAUUGGAUGAUGUUCGUGUGCUGGAACAUGCAACUGUCAAAGUACCGUACGAAACAUUGAAUAAACGAUAUCGCCACGCACAGAAACAGAUUGAUCGUGAUUCGGCUCAAUUGCUUGCGUGUGUUGGCGAACUCGAUCGAUCGACACAGUCAGCGACAACACUCGAGACACUUAAACGAGUACUUGAACGUGCAAUAACAUUGAAACGAAAAGCUCGCGAAUUACGCGAUGAUGAAAUCGAAUGUCUACAAGCGGUUAAACGACGUGUGGAUCAUCUGAAAGAAUAUGAUAAAAGUUCGUUAUCGAAAAUGGAGAUUUGGCGACGACAACGCUACGAACGUAUACUCGUCGACUUUCUCUUCCGAACACGAUGCUUCGAAACCGCUCAAGCUCUAGCCAAAGCAACAGGCAUUGAGCAAUUGGUCAAUUCAGAAAUCUAUUUGGCUGGUCGGGAAAUCGAGGACUCAUUGAUGCGCCGUGAUGUUUCCAAAUGUUUGGCUUGGUUCAAUGAAAAUAAAACGAAACUAAAGAAAAAUGGCAGUACUCUUGAUUUUUGUAUUCAUUUACAAGAAUUUAUUGAACUAGUCCGGAAAAAUCAAUCUUCCGAAGCCAUAGCACAUGCACGAAAGCAUUUGAACGGUCCUGUACCAGAACAACAUCUAAGCGAAUUCCAAUCAGCUAUGGGUCUGCUAGUUUUAUCACAGAGAUCGAGACAGGAACUGAAUAAUGAAUAUCAAACAUUACUCGAUGAGAAUCGUUGGAAUAAAUUAAUUGAUCAAUUUCGUCUCGAUAUGUUUAAAUUAAAUCAAAUGGGCCAACAAAGUAAAUUCACAGCUGUUUUACAAAGUGGUCUAUCCGCUCUGAAGACACCAACAUGUUUUGAUAAAGUAUCGUCCGUAAAAAAUCCUAAUUGUCCUGUAUGUAAUGUUCAUUUAAAAACAAUUGCUAAAGUCUUACCGUACGCACAUUGUUCCGUAUCGAAACUCAUCUGUGCACAAUCACGUGAACCGAUAAACGAAAGUAAUCCACCACUAAUGUUACCAAAUGGUUACGUUUAUGGCUCGAGAACUCUUCAAGCUAUGGCUGCAGUCAACAAUGGCAAGGUGACUUGUCCACGCACGAAAGAAACUUACGAUUUAUCGCAAGCCGAAAAAGUGUAUAUCAUUCUUAAACCGGCCGGAUAUUGGUUUAAGCAACGUGGUUAUACAGAUUCAGCAUUAGAUCGUCGUACGGCAACAACAACAGGUCAAAUGCUCUAUCAAAUUAUUGAUCCGAGACCGGCACAAAUCGAUUUCACGGAUAAUUUACCACCUACGCCGCCUGCACCUUCUGUCGUUGCUGCUAAUCGGCGGCGAGAAACUUAUAAUAAUCGCUACUCGGAACAUGAUAAUCGAAAUAUUAUACAGAAUUACGGCGAAUAUUUUGGUCGAGGUUUUGGUAAGCGUCUCACACCUCAAUCAGCACGUCACCGCCAAGAAUGGUCUCUUGCUCAUGAUCCUCUUCCACUGCAUCCCGAUCGAAGUGUAACUCAACGAGACUAUCGUGGACUGCCCACACUUGAAAAUCAACGGUUAUCAUCGACGUCUAUGUUGACACACGCUCGUCAAAAGUCAAGUGGUAGUUGGAUGAGAAGCUGCUAUGAUGACUAUGGACGAGACAUCGAACACAUACCCAACGAAUUGAUUUAUCGUGAUGACUACAAACGCAUGCCAAUCCAUCCAUGGCACUAUUGA